AUGGACAGUCUUAGAGGGUUUUUGAUUUUGUACUGCACACGUGGAAGUCUUAAGUGUAACGUGGUGCACGCCUGUAUAAAAUACCUCUGGAGCGUGCAUCCACCCACAGGAAACUUCCCAUGCCCUCUAUCACUUGAGGUCAGCUCUGUGAGCCAACACAAUCCAGCUCUCUGUUUCGUGCGGAGUGACGGUCACUGCGGUAUUUGGGAGCUCAGGCAACUUAUGGACUUAAUGACCACACCAGCAGCAGGCUCUCUUGCCAUGAUCUCUGCACAGCAGCCACCAUUUCCCAACAAAAUUCAAAGAACAAUGGACUGCCAAUCCAAGGAAGAAGAAACAUGUGAAGAGCAGUAUGACUCUGAAAACUGCACUUGCAGCUCUGAGCAUGCAGAAUCUGAAAGAGGCUCACCAGUAACUCUUAAAAUACUGCAGAACUGGGUUCCUAGAGUUUCACACUACUUUGAUAAGGAGCACUAUACAUAUGUUGGCCACCAGAUUGUCAUUCAGGAGUCCAUAGAACACUUUGGAGCUGUGGUAUGGCCAGGGGCACUGGCUUUAUCUCAGUAUCUGGAAGCAAAUCAAGAACAAUUCAACCUCAAAGACAAAAAAGUUUUGGAAAUUGGUGCUGGAACAGGCUUGCUUUCCAUUGUGGCCUGUAUCUUAGGGGCUCAUGUUACAGCUACUGAUUUGCCUGAAGUUCUUGAAAAUCUCUCAUAUAAUAUUUCAAGAAAUACACAGAACUUGAAUAUGCACAAACCUGAAGUGAGAAAACUGGUAUGGGGAGAAGGCCUCAAUGAAGACUUUCCUGUAUCAACUUACCAUUAUGAUUUCAUACUGGCAACUGAUGUUGUGUACCAUCAUGGAGCUCUGGACCCCCUGCUAGCAACAAUGGUGUACUUUUGUAAGCCAGGAACAGUAUUACUAUGGGCAAAUAAAUUCAGAUUCAGUACAGACUACGAAUUUUUGGAAAAAGUUUGCAAUAUAUUUAACACAACCAUUCUAGCAGAAUUUCCAGAAUCAAAUGUCAAGCUGCUUAAAGCCACAGUAAGAAAGAAUUAA